AGAAAGGGGAAAUAUAUAGAUAUAAUGACUUGUACAUUUACAAAUAAUUCACAGGAAAUAAGUAGCUAAAGGAUGGCAGGAGAACAGAGUGCAUUACCAUACACACAUAUGACAUAAUAAGUGGAAAGAAUAAAACUCAUAACCAUAAAAAUAAAGCCUGCAUCGUAAGCAAAUAAUGGGUAACAAGACAUCUAAUUUAGACUAUAUAACCGACAAACAGCUUCAAUAUGUAGCUAACAAACUGUCAACUGAAUGGAAAGAUGUAGCUGUUAGUUUAGGAUUAAGAGUUGGGCAAAUCGACCAGACCAUGGAGGAAUAUUCUAACGAAUCUCUCAGUAUGAUUAAAACUAGGGUAUUACAGAUAUGGAGAAACAAAGUUGGACGUAACCCAAGGAAUAUUUCGACCCUUUUAAAGGCCUUAGAAGACAAUGGACGAAGAGAUAUUGUUGAAAGUAUAAAAGUUAAACUAGAUAAACAGGUCGAUUUUGGAAGAAUAUUCGAUGAACUGCAACACCGAGAGAGUCCGAGCAUUUUCAGUGCUGAUUCGAGCGUUCAAGGAAGCCUUCUCGAACCUGAAAGACGUCUUGAUCUCCGUCCUGGACCUGUAUCUGACAAUCAGGUCAGAUAUCCAGAGUGGUUUUUGUUUAUAUUUUCAGACAGUCGUUUCGAACCUGAAAGUCGUCUUGAACUCCGUCCUGAACUUGCAUCUGAAAAUCAGAACAAACAUCCAGGCAGCCGUCUCGAAUCUGAAAGACGUCUUGAUCUCCGCCCUGAAACUGUAUCAGAAAAUCAGUCAAGAUAUCCAGGCAGCCGUCUCGAAUCUGAAAGACGUCUUGAUCUCCGCCCUGAAACUGUAUCAGAAAAUCAGUCAAGAUAUCCAGGCAGCCGUCUCGAACAUGAAAGACGUCUUGUUCUCCAUCCUGAAUAUCAGUCAGGAUAUCCAGGCAAUUUUCUCGAACCUGAACGAUUUUUUGAACAUCAUGCUGAAACUGUAAAUGUACCUGAAGUUCCGUAUAGACAUCCAGAUGGUGAUAAACUAGAUGACAGCACAAUGUUUAGACUGAAUCAGAAUGAAUAAAACAAAAAGUGUAUAUAAGCUAUGUCAACAAGAAGAACUUUGAACACAAUUAUUGAAUUAGUUUCCUUGGAGAUUUUUACAGUAACUGUUAAGACUAGAAACCAGACAAAUUGAAACUGUGAGAAAAUUUACAUACAGUGUACAUGUAGCUUCAAUGAAAAUCAACUAAUACGCCAUCACAAUUAUGUCAAUCUGAUCAUUGGAAGUUUUCCAAGUUACAUGAGAAGCAUUGAAUCCCUGCAGAGAUUCUACAUGUUUACACAAAUGGAAUAGACUCACACUUUAAAAAAAACUUUCAGACAAGACUAAUGUAUUCUCAAACCAGGAUGAUUCUUGUAUCAAUCAGUGCAUUGGAGCGCAUUCUAGCUG